AGUGAAAGAUCAGACUCUUCAAGCUAAAUCUUAUUCUCCUCAAUCAUGGAAGCUCUCUACACUUCAACACACAUCCCCAAUUUACAGACAAAGCCUCUCCUCAAACCUUCGCUGCCCACUUCAUCCCAGUCUUCCUGUUGGUUUUGUAAUUCGCUACCCAAAAAGCAAUUCCCGAAGCUGAGAAUCAGUAAUGGAUCAAGUCACGGGCUUCGUAUACAAGCUCUCUUACAUAACGAGACACCAAGUGAAGGCGAAGAUAAUAUGGCUGAAAGUAAUGGGUUCGGUUUUUUUCCUGGGGAUAUUUUCUCUUUAUCACAGGAAAAGCUCGGGAGUAAUAGCAAUGGUGAAACUUCUCAUAGUGUAAUCGAUGUGGAGGCAUCUCUCGCACAUCCUCAGGGUGGUGGAGGAAAUCGAGCUGGACUUUUUAGAACUCCAAUAUCUGGUGGUGUUCAAAAUGCUACAUCUGCUCAUGCUUUACCUCGGCCUGCUUUAGCUGUACGGAACUUGUUGGAACAGGCUAGGUUUGCUCAUCUAUGCACAGUGAUGUCCAAAAUGCACCACCGCAGGGAAGGGUACCCGUUUGGCUCAUUGGUAGAUUUUGCACCUGAUCGGAUGGGACAUCCAAUAUUUUUAUUUUCACCCUUGGCCAUCCACACACGAAAUCUCUUGGCUGAACCGAGAUGCAGUCUCGUUGUCCAGAUACCUGGAUGGAGUGGCUUAUCUAAUGCUAGAGUGACAUUAUUUGGUGAUGUAUACCCAUUGUCAGAAGAUGAACAGGAGUGGGCUCAUAAGCAAUAUAUUGCUAAGCACCCGCACGGGCCUUCUGAGCAAUGGGGAAACUUUCACUAUUUUAGAAUGCAGAACAUAAGUGAUAUAUAUUUCAUUGGAGGCUUUGGCACGGUUGCUUGGGUUGAUGUCAAAGAGUAUGAAGCUUUGCAACCAGAUAAGAUAGCUGUUGAUGGUGGUGAGCGGAACCUCAAGGAACUAAAUGCCAUCUUCUCGAAACCGCUGAGAGAGCUACUGUCUACUGAAUCAGAGGUAGACGACGCUGCUCUCAUUUCUAUAGAUAGCAAAGGGAUAGAUGUACGGGUUCGUCAAGGUGCUCAGUUCAACAUACAAAGGCUAGCAUUUGAGGAAGGUCAUGGUGUUGAGACACUAGAAGAAGCUAAAUCUGCAUUAUGGAAAGUGAUGGAGAAGGUCAAGCUGAAUUUGCAGAAAUGACAAGCCCCUUUUGCUACUCUAUACGGGUCCGUUUAAAAUAGUAGGACCAAUAAAUGUUGUUUGGUUCC